UUCACGAGGAAUUUAUCGCCAGGACCCUAAAUCACACGAUUUGAAAUAACGACGUUUCUCCUUUAGUGGCGAAUGUCAAACUUUUACCAUGGCUCCGGACGAUUCCUGUAAAAGCACAAAAGAAGACUUCCACAUCGAACGAUACGCCAGAAGUACGAGGUUAUUAUCGGGCAAUUAAAGAUUUUCACGAAAUUUUCAUCGACGUGAUCUGGUGAUUGCGUCAUGUCGUCCUACGAAGGACACGUUUACGAGCGGAAUCUCACUUGAAGACGCAGAGCCGAAGGGAAACGCGCGGAAAGCUUCUAAAUUACGAUGUCAACGCCCGCCACGGACCCGUUGCCGUCCACCGUUUCCGGGGAAUUGACGACCGCUCUUAUACCGACGGUUACCAAGAUCGAUACACGGCUGGACGUCAAUCCCGUUUCGGUGGUUUUGGCGAUGUCGAUAGUCUACAUUUUAUCACCAAUCACCGUCGUCGGGAACUCCAUUAUCCUGGCCGCCUUCUAUAGGUACAAAAGGUUACGGACUGCAUCCAAUUACCUACUAGUCUCUUUGGCCGUCAGCGACUUUGGGGUCGGUGUGUUCAUGCCCUUUGGGAUGCAUCUAGAGUUAUCUGGGCUGCCGGAAAAUGGCGUUUCCACGUUGUGCAUCGUUCCAUACUGCAUCGUGAUUGCACUGUGCAGCGUGAGCGUGUUGGUGACUGUGGCAAUCGCUGUAGACCGGUUGACGUCGCUUGCACAGCCCCUCAGGUACAAGAACAUCAUCACUCACAGCAGCAUCGAGAAGUACAUCGCCGUGUUCUGGAUCUACGCGAUCAUUGUCGGCCUCUCGCCUUUGAUCUACGCCAAGAUACCAGGAGAAACUCAACCACACAGUGGCAACUGCAGGUUCGGUGCAGCGGUGCUCCCGCCCGUAAGGGUGUUCCUGGUAGUGGCAGUAUGGGCACCCAGUGCUCUCGUUCUCCUCGGUUGCUACAUGUACGUGUAUCUGGUGGCACGUGCACACGCACGUGCGAUUUACACGGUAGAACUAUCGUUCAGGCACCAGACGCAGACCCUAGCAUUACCGCGCUACGGUCAAACACUAGCAGUCACGGUCGGCGCGUUUCUCAUCUUCUGGCUUCCCUUUCAAACCUGCAUGCUGCUGGAUAUUUUUUGCGGUACCAACAUUCUUACCGAAUGGGCGGUCGUAUGGCUUGGACUGCCCAUUAUGGCGCACAGUGGCGUGAAUCCAUGGAUUUACGCUUUCCAUCACGGCGAAAUGAGGGUUGCAGUGGUUAAGAUUACCAAGAAGCUGGCUGCUUUCCUCGGAGUGACACCCAGUCGUUACGGUUGCUCGCCAAUGAGACGUGGUUCCAAUACGAAUAUGGAAUUAGCCGAGGUGAACAACAGCAACGAUGAUAGAAGGCAUCCUGUGGAAGAUUGUUUCGCUACAAAACAAAACAACACUUUGUACACAAGCAGGCGAGGCCUGGAAGUGUCAGGAAAGCACACAGACAUCUCACCAGAAAGGAACAUGGAUCAUACGUCUUCUGAGAGUAGACAAGCAGACAUCGUCGAGGAGAAUAUCCACGAUCUCACGAAAAUGCUUGAUCUAAAGUACAUCAUCGAUCGGAAUCACAUGAUCGACUCGAAUCACAAUAUCGACAAGAUCAAAAAUCUGAAAUAUCUUCUGGAUCCAACAUUCAAUAAAAUUAGACACCUGAGAAGAUUGAAUCACAAGAGGCUCGCUAGUAAGAAUUUUUCGAAGGCGUCGGAACCGAAGUUCAUCUCCUAUCAGAAUUUAAAGAGCGACGUAACGUUGAAUCGCAAAGUAUUGCAAAUGAAUACUAUGUCGGAUCCCGUGCUAAGUGCUAACAGUCCCAUAGUGCACACAAAAGAUUUCCAUAACGGUUUGAGUCCUAUCAAUUGCAAAAGAAGAAAUUCGAAUCUUUGUUCGAUGUCUGAUCCUAAUAUCAAAUCGGCGACUGCAAUCUCUUCAGAGGUGAAUCUUCGACUUCCAACCGGUGGGAACACCACCGAAGCUCAUAGAUACUCUGUACAGAAUUUGGAUCACAAUAAUAAGUACGAGGGUGGAUUGGCUAAACACGUUAUGCUAUCUCGACAAUUGGAGAAUCAGAAGCGUCUUCAAAUUUAUCCACGACCGCGGUUGAAGAUUAAUAGUCCCUUCGAUCGAAACAGUCCGAAUCUAAACCUCAGACUCCAGAACAAUUAUACGCCGCCGUCCACCCCGGAUAGUACGAUGUCGAGUUUGUUGGAUAGUCCAAGGCAGAAGACGUCUCCGAAGCACAUAACAAUUACUUCUAACAAAUUAGCCAAUCUUGUUCAUGUGGAUAAUACUCCGAGGUACUUGGAGCCCAGAACAGAUCCAGCUUUCAAAGUAUUACAAAUGCGAAGAAACAUGGAAAUACUGAAACAUUCCGAAUCGAUCAAUACCAUCGAACCGAUGACGCACGUAAGAUUGUUAGAGCCUUACAGAGUCAUGGAGAGUCUGGCAGUACCGACAAUACACUCGGAACCACCGAGUCCCAUAGAUCCACUUCCUCUUGCUCCUCUACAAGAAGAAGACACGAAGAACUCUGAAACGUCGAAGCCUUCCAUUAGUAUCGAUUGCUUAAAAUCUCCGAUGGGUAAUAGGAGGAGUCCAGUUAGACACUCAGAUCCUGUGAUACCAUCCGUCUUGUUGAAUAUUGAAGAUUAUAGCGAAGACCGCGAAUCAAUCAAUAACAAAUCUAGUCAUGAUAGUUCCUCAAAUAAUAUGGUAUUGUCGGGUCAAAUAGCACCAAUAGAACCCAUCGAUCUAUUCGAAGCCUUGUUGAAAAACUCAGAAAGGUGUCGAGAAGGGAGAUUACCAGACCCUAUCUUCGUUGAGCACGAUUCGACGAGAUUCAGCUCAAGAAGACCCUCGGACUCGAAGUGGUCAGAGUCGUCGAGAAGCCAAGAGAUCCUGUCCAACGUAGUCACUGAACAUCAGGCGUUUCCUUCGUCCUACUCGGUGAACAAUUUUCAAGUCUGUAACAGUGGCAGCGAUCUCAACGAUCUGACGUCCCUCGAUCCAUUUAUGUGCCCGGACGCGUUGACAUCGUCGUUACGCGAGUCGUUCUUUAGCGCUCCAUCCGUACCUGAUUCAGAAAUCUUCACAUCGUUCGAAGAAAAUGAAGAAUUCACGCUUGAUUCUGAACACAAUCUGUCUCCUUAUAAUUCCAGAUCGACGAUCAAUUUGAAAAAGUCAGCGAUCGAGAACGAUCUGCAAAGCAAGUCCACGGAGUCGAUGUUUCGAAACGGUUGUCUAUCGACGAAAUCGUGUGCGAUUUUGAGAUUAGAGCCAUCUUUACAUCGAAAUAGAUUGCGCGUCAAACCAGGAGUAGACUAUAUCCUAAAGGAUAUGUCUAUUAAGAAUUCACAUUUGGCCCCGCUCGCCUCACCGACACCUACAGAAAUCUGCACUCCUACCAUCGAGCUCGUUUCGGAAAUAAAAGGUGACAGUGGUGUCGGUGUCAGAGUAUAGAUUUAUUGUGGAUGCUUCGAAGCAGUUGGUGGAUAGAAUUAAUCGUUCGUUCAGACAAACAUGAUGAAAUAAAACGAGGAAGCUUUACUUAGAAUUGUUUUUCGAUCGCGAUGUUCUGCUCGUCGAAUUGGAAUUUUUACGGUAUACAUACCAUGUUGUAUAAUGAUACGAUUACACGUCUGUAUUUUUAUAAUAGUCUGAUGCCUGCAUGGAGAAAUUAUUCUGUCUAUCUUAUUCUAACGAGACGUACUGAAACGUAGGUUAUCGUGAAAUAAUGGAAUCGAACAUUUCAAGUUGGACUGUGAUAGUACGACGUGUCUUUAGCGAGAUCAUAGAACGAUCACAUGAGAGAGGAAAUUCUAUAAAUGUUUGACGAUAAUUAAUCCUUCAACUCCUAAGAAUAGUUACAAUAAUCGUUUGGACAGAAUGCUUCAAGGAAACGAAAACUUAUUAAUUUAUUGAAAAACUGCACCGAAUAAUUUUAUCUGACUUUAAUCUAAGGAGUCUUAGGAUUAAAUUCGUUAUAUAAAUUUGUAAUAUAU